CAUGAAGUGGAGAAAAAACAAAUCUUCAUCUUCUUCCUCCUCCUCAACCCGGUCUCGCUUUCAUUCGCUUUCUCGAAUGCUCCCCACUGCAUGGCUUUCAUCGUUCAAGCGAAUGAGUGUCGAUUCGGAAGCCAAACCUGCAAAAGAGAAGAAAAAAGAGAUUAAUAAUUCUCUGUCACUGAGCUCAUCGAAGUUUGCCGCUGGUUGUGGUGGUGAUGAGGCAUUUUGGAGGUUGUCAUUUGAAGAACAUAGUACUGGUGGCAAGACUAGUAAAACGGUGUCGCGAUCAGCUUUGUAUGAUUCGGAUGAUGAGCUCGAUUUCAUGCCCUCGAAUUGUCGAGCCUGCGGAUCAAAUGCAAUGAGGAUGAAGGAGAAAGAGGAAGCUAAGACACUCAACAACAUGGCUUACAAUGUAAUGAAGACGAGAGAGUUUCGUAGGGAUAUGCAGAUUUUACCAGUACCAAUAGAUACAAAAGGAGAGAAUGCGACAUUACUCAAGACACGGAGGAGCAGGACGAUAAUGGUGAAAGACUCGAAAUGGAAUAUGACAAAUGGAAGAGAUAUGGCUAUGGAGAAGAAAAGGUUGAAUAGACAACAUAAAUCAGUGGAAAAGAACACCUUGGAAAAGGUGGAUUAUCAGAGAAAGCACCCAUAUCCCUCUACAAUGAAUCUAAGAGCCUCUAAUCUAACAACAAUCAAUGAAGACUAUGGAUUUAAAGCUCAUAAAUUGGUGGAUAAUGCUGUGUUUUCUCCAGAAGAAGUUAGUUCAGAGGGGGGAAAUUGGAAAGAAAAGAGAAUCGGAAAGCUGAAACAUAGAAAAUCUGUUUACAUGAGCAGAGAAUUACCAAGGAGGAGAAUUAAGCAUAACAACAAGGUCCGGGUUUUUUCUCCGAUAACAGCUUCGAAAAUAAAAGCUCUUGAAGACAUAAAGAAGGCCAAACUGAAUAUGAAGGCUGAAAAACAGAACACAAACACUAGGCAAAGAAGAGAGUUGGAGAGCUUUGCCAUGGUGAAAUGUUCCUUCGACCCAGAGAAGGAUUUUAGGGACUCGAUGAUGGAGAUGAUCAGGGAGAAUAGGAUCAGUCAAGCAGAAGAACUAGAAGAGCUUUUGGCUUGUUACCUAACACUGAAUUAUGAUGUGUACCAUGAUCUCAUCAUCAAAGUAUUUCAGCAGGUAUGGCUUGACAUGGAUCAAGCUAGUUCUGUAAUGGACUUACGGAAUGAGAAAUGUUCCAUUUGA